AUGGAUGGGAAGAGAUCUUAUGUUCUUGAAGAGUCCGAGAAUGGCCUUGCGGGUGACAACGUCCGAUUGGUGAAGACGACGCCGCCCAAGGACAAUAAAAGAAAGCGGGUUUCUGGAGAUGGGGACAGUGGUCAUGUUGCUGAAGAACCCGAGAUUAGCAUAUCCAGCAAAGUUGUUCGGGCGUUUGAGUCGAUGUUGAAGAGAAGAAUGGUUGAUUCUAGCGAUGGGAAGAGUGCUCAUGCUCUUGAAUCCAAGAAUGGCCCCAUCGGCAGACUUUCUCGGGCGGUGUAUUCGAAGUUCAAGAAUGGAAUCCUGAUUAUAGCGAUGGGAAGAGUGCUCAUGUUCUUGAAGAUCCCGCGUGUGGACAUGCCGGUGGUCCGAUGA